AUGACAAGUGACAUAGCUGACACAGGUGACAUAGCUGACACCGGUGACACGGGUGACAUAGCUGACACAGGUGACAUAGCUGACACAGGUGACACAGGUGACAUAGCUGACACAGGUGACACAGGUGACAUAGCUGACACAGGUGACACGGGUGACAUAGCUGACACAGGUGACACGGGUGACAUAGCUGACACAGGUGACACGGGUGACAUAGCUGACACAGGUGACACGGGUGACAUAGCUGACACAGGUGACACGGGUGACAUAGCUGACACAGGUGACACGGGUGACAUAGCUGACACAGGUGACAUAGCUGACACAGGUGACACAGGUGACAUAGCUGACACAGGUGACACAGGUGACAUAGAUGACACAGGUGACACGGGUGACAUAGCUGACACAGGUGACACAGGUGACAUAGCUGACACAGGUGACACAGGUGACAUAGCUGACACAGGUGACACGGGUGACAUAGCUGACACAGGUGACACGGGUGACAUAGCUGACACAGGUGACACGGGUGACAUAGCUGACACAGGUGACACGGGUGACAUAGCUGACACAGGUGACACGGGUGACAUAGCUGACACAGGUGACACGGGUGACAUAGCUGACACAGGUGACACGGGUGACAUAGCUGACACAGGUGACACGGGUGACACAGAUGACACAGAUGACACAGGCGACACAGGUGACACAGAUGAGGCAGGCGAUACAGGUGACACAGAUGACACAGGCGAUACAGGUGACAUAGAUGACACAGGUGACAUAGAUGACUCAGGUGAUACAGGUGACAUAGAUGACACAGGUGACACAGAUGACAUAGCUAACACAGGUGACACAGAUGACAUAGCUAUCACAGGUGACACAGGUGACAUAGAUGACAUAGAUGACACAGGUGACAUAGAUGACACAGGUGACACAGAUGACAUAGCUAACACAGGCGACACAGGUGACAUAGAUGAAACAGAUGACACAGAUGACAGGUGA